CUGCUUCAGAACUUCAAUCCAACUCCAGCUGUGCGUGCUGCACCUGUAGAGCUGCCAUCCAAUACCCGAUUGAAGAUAAAAGUGAAUAAGCUGUUUGUCACGGCGGAGUGGAAAUGGAUUGAGGGAGGUGACGAUACUUGUGGUAUCUGCCGUAUGCCUUUCGAAGCAUGUUGUGUGGAUUGCAAAUGUCCGGGCGAUGAAUGUCCUUUGGUUCUCGGUCAAUGCAAACAUCCUUUCCACAUGCACUGUAUAGUAAAAUGGACCGAUGCGCAGAACACUCCGAAGCCCCAGUGUCCGCUGUGCCGACAGGAGUGGAAAUUUGCUGACUGA